ACGUGACCCCGGCCGGCCCCGGAUGAUCGCAGCCGACUGUCAACUUUGCGGUUCGUUUUUCAGCUGGUAAUUACGUUCAGAACUUCUGUUUCGCUGGCGAAGUACGCAUCCAUAAUCGCGUCAAGAAAGCGGAAUCAUCCGUACAUUGCUCUCGUGUGUCGUUUUACAAUCUCCACCAGCUUUAGAGCAGCACAUCUCUCCAAGAAUCUCCGCAGCGCACUUCGUAAAUGCGUCUCGACCUCUCUUCGUUCAACAUCACUCCACAGUAGGUUUUAUUCCUUGUUUUCGGAAGAAGACGACAACAUGUCCGGGAUCAUCAGUAGUACCAAUGGGAUUGAUGUGGCCGCGAUGCGCAAGCCGUACAAGGAGGGCCACGAAUCCUUUGAAGAGGGCGACCUGGUUGCCAAGAAGCCCAUGGCGCAGUUUGCCGCGUGGUUCAAGGAUGCUACAGAGCUGAAAAGCGUCGGCGAGCCAAAUGCUAUGACAGUGGCUACAGCUAGCAAGGAAGGGAGGCCCUCUGCUCGCAUACUUCUCAUGAAAGGCUACGACGAAAAAGGAUUCAAAUUUUUCACAAACUACGAAAGCCGAAAGGGGCAAGAGUUGAGAGAGAAUCCGUAUGUAGCACUGUGUUGGUACUGGGAGCCAUUGAGUAGAUCGGUGCGCGUGGAGGGGCGUGUGGAGCGACUCUCAGAGGAUGAGUCGACGGAGUACUUCCACUCUCGACCGCCAGCCAGUCAGAUCGGCGCUGUGGUCAGCAACCAGAGCAGAGUCAUUGAAAACAGGGCGGUUUUGACAUCUAAAGACGAGGCGCUGAAGGAGAAAUACCUCAAUACAGGCGUGACGAUCCCCAAGCCUAACUACUGGGGCGGGUUCAGGGUCAUCCCGGAAGUGGUCGAGUUCUGGCAGGGGCAGAGCAACCGUCUCCACGACCGCAUCGUCUUCCGUCGUCCAAAACAGGAUGAGGUCAUCGACAAUAAGCUAGUCUACCAAGGCGAAGACGGAUGGGUGUAUGAGAGAUUGUCUCCAUGAUGACAGAGCCAGUUAAAGACAAACCCCAUAUCUAGUAAAGCUUUGUAUUUGUUACCCAACCCAUCAAAAUGAGUAUUUAAAUACUAAAGCAUUAUAGGGUACUGAGCAAGUCUUUCAAAAACUUUGU